AUGCGACUGGAGUCACGACUACGAGUCCUGCCAACGUCGUCGUCGUCGUUGGCGGCGGUCACGGUCGUGCUCCUUUGGCUCGCACUUGCAGUCACCGGCCUCGACGUUGAUCCCGUCGAGGUGGAGCCGGCCUAUUGGCAACGCGAGGCUCGACGACAGUUGGACGCGGCACUUGAGCAACCCGGAGCCUACCAGAUCGGUUGGGAGGCGGGGCCUAGGAGGGCCAAGAAUGUGGUCUUCUUUCUGGGCGAUGGCAUGGGCGUAUCCACGGUCACCGGCAUGCGGUACAUGAAGGCACAACUGAUGGGAAAGUGGGCUGGCCAAGUGGACCUGGUCUGGGAGGCUUGGCCGAGCGCCAGUCACAUCAGAACCUUUGAUCUGGAACGCCUGACAACCGACUCGGCCGCAUCGGCUACAGCUUAUUUGACGGGCAAGUCAGCAUCACUUUUAUUCUUGAAAUGUCUACAAUGUCCAAGUUAG